ACUAUCGGAAGUACAAAGAAAAACUUCUGCUGUGAAGAACUCACUUGACUCCAUGUUGCAUGACCUGUAUUAUGAUUUCGGACAAAAUGGGGAUUACAGUAGUCAAACGGAAACCACGCAAAACUACCGACGAGCUCGAAGAGCCAUUAAUUAUGCUAAUAGUAUUCAUGACACUUUUAAGGAGAUUUCAACUGUUGUUACUGGUCGAAUAGGAAAUUCAUUAAAUUUGACUAAAUCAUUUAAGGAUGCUGGAUUGAUAGAAGUGAUACAAUUGCAACGACCAGCAUCGUAUGAUGAAGAAAUAAAGUCUAUUCAAGUAUUUUUCAAUAUUCUUGAUGCCAGAAUAUUCGAGGCCAGUGCAAUCGCAACCCAAGUUAAUAAUGACUUAGCAGCGGACAACUGGAACUUGCAUGGGCUUGCCGGUGUACUUGAUGGCAUAAAAACUAAUAAAAAAGUAUUCAACAUGAGCCCCACAUCAUGGAGCUGGAUUAUUCCAAGCUUUGAAGAAUUAGUUCGACAAUGCAAUAAUUACGUAUCAUGGCACAGUGAAGGUACGGAUCCGGGAUAUCAUACCAGGCCGAGGAGAGCUAUCACCGAAGCAUGUGAUGAGCAGCGAAUGGAGGCAAUGUUGGCUGAACCGCAUUCUUCAAAUACUACAGUUGCAGUUUUGGUUCGCAGAGCUCAUUCUAUUGUCAAAUCAAUAAAUUGUCUGUAG